AUGUCCGACAACGUAGGCCUCUCCACUCCCCGCGGCUCAGGCACAUCAGGCUACGUCCAGCGCAACCUCGCCCACCCCCACCACCACCAAUCCUCCCGCCUCAACCCCUACUCCCGCCCCCCUCCCCCAACUUCCUCCCUCCAAACCCAACGCAAACCCGACCAAGGCCUCCUCGACCACGACCGCAAACGACAGAUUGAAGUCAAGGUCUUUGCUCUCCGCGACGAACUUGAAGAAGCAGGGGAAUUGACAGAGGAGCAAAUCGACGAGAAAUGUGACGAGCUAAGAGAGAAACUGAAGAAAGAGGCGGAGAAGGGAGGGGGGACUGGGGUAGGGCCGAGGAGGAAUAUCAAGAGUUUUCAGGUUCAUGAAUUGGCAGAUGCCAAGAUGAAGGAGAGUGAACGGUUGAGGCAGGCGUUGAGAAUUAGUAAGGAUUAUGAGGAGGGGGGGCAUUGGAGGAGGCAGGAGGAGAGGAAGAGAGGGGGUAUGGGUGAGGGGGUGGUGAGACAGGAGGAGGAGGCUGUGAGAGAUAGGGCUCCGCCGAGGGAGAGGGAGAGGAGGAAGGAGAGGGGUGGUGAGAGGGAAAGGGAGGAUAGUCGGGAGAGGUACCGGGAGAGGAGCCCGAGUGGAGAGCGGUAUAGGGAGCGGAGUGGUAGUCGGGAGAGGUAUAGAGAGAGGAGUGUUAGCCGGGACAGGUAUAGGGAGCGGAGUGUCAGUCAGGAGAUACCGAAAGGGCGGGAUGGUGGCCGGGAUAGGUACAGGGAGCGGAGCAUUAGUCGGGACAGGUACCCAGAGAGGAGAGGCGGAAGCGAUCGGGACGAUUUUGAUGAUGAGGACCGUGGGGAUAGGUGUUGA